AUGGCAUCCAAGCAAGAACUCAUGAGGGAUGAGCGCUUUAGCCACAUCACGAAGGACCCUAGAUUUUGGGAAAUGCCAGAUAAAGAGCGUAAAAUCAAGAUUGACAAACGAUUCCGGGCUAUGUUUCAUGACAAAAAAUUCAAGUUAAAAUACACUGUCGAUAAAAGAGGCCGCCCUGUUAAUCACAGCUCUACAGAGGAUCUCAAACGCUUUUAUGAACUUUCAGAUUCUGAUUCUGAGCUAUCAGAGUCUGACAAUAAAGUCAUUUCUGAAAAGGAAAUGAAGAAAAAGUCAAAAUCUAAAGGAAAUAAGGACUCUGGGAAGUUGCUUGUCAACAAUGUUCCAAAGGAAGAAAGAAAAAUAUUUAAACAAGAAACAGACCAAAGGUGUCAAGCUGUGUCAGAAUUCGGUGACAUACAGAAUAAAGCACAGAAAAGAAUCAUAAGCUUAUGUACAUCCACGUUAAAAAAAGACUGUAAGAAAAUCAGCGUAGUAACUGAUCCUAUGCAGGAUAGUAAAGAACCUGUAUUGCAAGCAAUGAAUAAACAAAAAGAUAUUUCAUCUCAAAGCAAAACAAAGACUUCAAAAGCAAAAAGUGCUCAAUCAAUGAUGGUUCCCAAGGCAACAUGUUCCACAGAGGGAAAAAAUACUGGAUCAGUGCAAAGAAAAGAAAAUGAAGUUCUUAAAAGUGAAGAAAGUUUCAGUUUCACAGAUUCUGAAGACGUUGAAAUAGGAGAGGAAGAGGAGUCAGAAGAUGUAGAGGAGAUGGGAGAGGAGGAGGAAGAGUUGGAAGAUGAUGAAAUGGGGGAAGUGGAGGAGGUGGAAGAUGAGGUAGAAGCAGGAGAGGAAGAUUACAGUGAUUCGGAAGAAGAUGAUGAAAGUGACGGUGGGCCUGAUCUGGCUAGAGGGAAAGGAAAUGUUGAGACUAGUUCUGAUGAUGAAGAAGAGGAUGACUUAACGGAGUUUUUGCCAAAGGAACCAGAGCUUGAGCAUGCCUGGCGGGAGUUGGAUAAGGAUGCUCCUCGUGGAAAUGAGAUUACCAGUAGAUUAGCAGUUUGCAACAUGGACUGGGAUAGGAUAAAGGCUAAAGACCUACUAGCUCUGUUUAAUUCCUUCACACCUAAAGGAGCUGUUAUAUUUUCUGUAAAGAUUUAUCCUUCAGAGUUUGGAAAGGAGAGGUUGAAAAAGGAAGAAUUACAAGGACCUGUAGAACUAUUAAGUCUUCCAGAAAAUGCCACAGAGACAGACGGGAUUCACACGGAAAAAUUAAGAGAAUAUCAGUUCAAACGGCUGAAAUACUUCUAUGCAGUAGUAGAAUGUGAUUCUCCUGAGACCGCUAAUAAAAUAUAUGAGGAUUGUGAUGGACUGGAAUUUGAGAGUAGCUGUUCUUUCGUAGAUCUGAGAUUUAUUCCAGAUAAUGUUACAUUUGAUGAUGAGCCAAGGGAUGUAGCCUUAGAAGUGGAUGGAGCUGCAUAUAAACCAAAGUACUUCACAUCUGCUGCUAUGGGAACAUCAAAGGUAGAUGUCACAUGGGAUGAAACAGAUCACGAAAGAGUAACUUCACUAAGUAGAACAUUUAAAAAGGAUGAACUUCUUGACAUGGAUUUUCAAGCUUAUUUGGCUUCAUCUAGUGAAGAAGAGCAAGAAGGUCAUGAUGUAGCCCAUCAAAGAGAAGAUGACAAACUCAAGAGAAGUCAAAAGGAUGAUGAAGAACAAAUUGCCAGAUACAGAGAACUUUUACAGAGUAUCCAAGAAAAAGAAAAAAAAUGUGAAGAAAAUGAUAUGGAAAUGGAGAUUAAAUGGGUUCCAGGACUUAAAGAAACAGCUGAAGAGAUGGUAAAAAAAAAGCUAGAAGGAAAGGAUAAACUAACUCCAUGGGAACAGUUUUUAGAAAAGAAGAGAGAGAAAAGAAAAGAAAAGAAAAAAAGAAGGGCUGCUGCUGAGGAGCUGAGUGGAGAGGAACUUCCCUCCGACGUUGAUUUAAAUGACCCAUACUUUGCUGAGGAACUUGGGGGAAAAGGUUUAAAGAAGAAAGUGAAGAAAUCUAAGACAGAGAAAAAUAAUACAGAAGAUGAAGCUGAGAUAGAGAAACAGAAGGCUGAAAUGGCUCUGCUCAUGAUGGAUGAUGAAAAUGAUGACAGAAAACAUUUCAAUUAUGACAAAAUUGUAGAACAACAGAACCUGACUAAAAAGAAAAAGAAACUGCUACUGAAAAAGGAAGAGUUGAUAGAAGAUGACUUUGAGGUGAAUGUUGCUGAUGCAAGGUUCCAGGCCAUGUAUACUUCCCACUUGUUUAAUUUGGAUCCUUCUGAUCCAAACUUCAAAAAGACAAAAGCAGUGAAAAAAAUCUUGGAGGAGAAAGCCCGCCGAAGAGAGCAGCAGCAGCAAGAUGCUACAGAGGCAGAGAAGAAACAGGAAGCUGACAUAGGAAAGAAAGCAAGUGUCCCUAAGAAAUCCAUAGAUCCUGCCUUAUCGUUGCUAAUAAAGUCUGUCAAAAAUAAAACUGAACAAUUCCAAGCGAGGAAGAAACAAAAAGUCAAGUAACUGGGCUUCAUUUUACUUUUGGCAGUUCAGUCUAUGCUCUUUGUUUGUGUAGUGUGUUGAGGCCAUGAAUAGUUUGUAUAAUGUCCUAAUGUCUCCUGAGAAAUCAAUGGAAAUACUGAGGUUUCAAGAUGAACUACGUACAACCCUUUACCUCAGUGACUUUUUCCUUAUCCUUCUAUGAAUAUCUGCGGAAAUACAGUGGUUAUGAGAGGUCACAAACAUGAACAUGCAUAACAAAAUUAACAUUCCUGAAGCUGUUUAUUUCAUAAUAUCAUUUCAUUUGGAGCUAAUAAAAAUGUUAAAGAUGGAGGCUAAGACCAUCAAAAGUCAUAAUUAUGAUCACAUUUAAAAAAAAGAGAAUUGUUAUCAUUGGCUUUUGGAGCAUGGUAUUAUUUUAGAUAAAAUCUCCUCCGAAAUUGCAUAAUGAUGUGUUUUAAUACUUCUUGAGUCUGUAAACAAUGCUAUUGGUAAAGAUGUUUUUAAUAUAACUGAAGAAGAAGACUGGUUAGAUAAAUGUUGGAUACUAGUUAAUAACUGUGUAUAACUCAAAAAUAUUAAAAUAUAUUUUAAUUUAUUAAA